ACAUUCAUGAAGUGUGGAGAAGAAUCCUCUUUUACAUUUUUUUAAAACAUAAACAUUACAAAAAUGCAGCAAAACAACAACAACAACAACAUAAACACAUGGCAAAACAAGUAUUUCCAGUACUUUUAGACAUAGUCGUGAAACAUUUUUUUUUAUUAUUUAAUGAAGCGUAAAUCCUUUGACCCUAGAACUGUGCUGUUAUGGUUUUACACUUCUUGGAGGUGUGCUGUAAAUACCCAGGUAGAUACCAAGUAUCACGCGAUACAUCUGGUACACCAUAUGCUGCCAUCACUGUACCAUGGCACCGUCACGCAGUAAUACAUUUACAACACCACAAAGUCACGCGUUACAUAGACACACUUCUCAAGAGGGACGCCCGAUAUCGCGACGAGCCAUGAGAAUGAUACCCGCGCGAGCACGCGUGUGUGCGUGUGUGUGUGCAUGUGUGUGCGGUGUAAUCCAUAUCUCUGCUAGUAGUAUCUCUGGAUUACUGACGUGUGUGCCCGCGCUCUUAUAUCUGUGCGCUCUCGCUUUACGCGCAGUUUGAUGGCGUCGCCGCGCGCUCCUCUCUGCGUUCUCCGAUCGUCGCUCACCAUCUCACGGUUUAUGGACGGCGAGGACCAGAUAUCAUGAUAGCACAUCGUCGGGGUUGGUUCUACAACAUUUCCGCCAGAGUGUUCCGUGGAAACUGUGUCACCGCUUGAGCUCCGAACCGAGCCGUGAGAGAUAAGAGAAGUUUGCCGGAUACAGGUGCGAUCUCUCUCUAACUCCAGCCGAUGAUCACAGACACAGAUCUGGACUGCGGGAUUCCAGUAGAUCACAUCAGAUCCAGCGCAAGAUGAAGUCUGCCGGAGCUGGUGAUGAAGGACUCUUCACGGAGAGCUACUGUAACAUCUGCAACGCUCAGCUGAUCUCUGAGUCCCAGCGCGUGGCACACUAUGAGAGCAAGAAGCACGCCAACAAAGUACGUCUGUUCUACAUGCUCCACCCGGAAGAUGGAGGUCCGCCAUCCAAAAGACUGAGACCAGACAAUCCGGACAGUGCAGAGAAUGAAGUGGACAGAAACAAAUGCUGCACGCUCUGCAACAUGUUUUUCACAUCUGCCAUUGUGGCUCAGUCACACUACCAGGGCAAAACACACGCUAAGAGAGUUCGCUUGGUACUGGGGGAGACGCCAAGUCUUCCUACACCCACAGAGUCAGCGCCGCCAACCCCCCAGACAACAGACCCCCCUCCGUGGCAGCCGCUGGCCAAUCACAGCGAGGCAGGAAAGUACUGCUGCUUGUGUGGCGCCUGGUUUAACAACCCACUGAUGGCACAGCAACACUACGAAGGCAAGAAACACAAGAGAAAUGCGGCACGGGCGCGACUGCUGGAGCAGCUGGCUGGCAGUCUGGAUGCCAAUGAAAGCACAGGCCUGCGCCGGAGUUACUCGUGCAGCGUUUGUAAUGUGGUUCUGAACUCCAUCGAGCAGUAUCAUGCACAUCUCCAGGGCUCCAAACACCAAAACAACUCAGGAGCACAUGGGUCUGGCCUGUUGUGAUUACACAUGCUUUAUCUUCCAGGCAGGCCGACUCCGGCCUCGCUACAUCACUCGACUGGGCUUUCACCUGAGCUCUGUUUGCCCGUCAGCACUCUUAAGGAGAUUUUUAGUACGUGGCCAGCGGUCGGAUAAGUCAGUGAUUUAGUGCGGGGCGAGAGCAGGAGUGCUGACAGUAUUGCGUUUUACUACAGACGGUGAGGACGGGGCACGUGAGAGCUCAGGAUUCGGUGUUCGGUGACCCAUUUUCUGGGUGUGACGAUAAUGUGAGUGAAGAUACCUUUGUCUCACCCCGUGACUAAAAUGGAAAAAGGGAGGAGGGAUAUAGAGGAUGAAAGGAGACGGCAUGAGAAUGAGGUUAUGGAAGGAGGAGGAGGAUGGAAGCGAACUGUCGUGCUGAUUGAUUAGAUGAGAGAGGUGUAAUCGGAGCCCUUCGCGCUGAUGUUUAGACCCUCUCCUCCUGCUAUCGAUCCCUUGGGCUGCCUGGAACAAGAUAGGAGGUUCCAGCUCAUUGGGCUCCCUCUACCUGUGUAAUCACUCUCCCCAACAGCAGUCCCACUCCUCAGAGGAAACCCAGAAGACCGGGGCUGUGCUCUGGUGGAACAGAGCUGAUCUGUUGAGACAAGACAAGCUCAGGCUUUUCAGCCCGUAACAAAAAACGACACAGUGCCUUGUCGGGAUUGGGAUAAGAGUGUUAAGCCAUUAUGUGCAGUUGAGGACUGUAUUCAGUAUGCAAGUACUAUACAGGCUUGAAUUUCAUGUGGUUUUGUUUUUCAAAAAAAUGUAAGAACGCAAUUUGUGA